AUGCUGAAGCGCAUGGUCGACUUCUUGAUUUGGGCUCUACGGCGCAACUGCCUGUUGGAGAUCUUCUGGGAAUGGCUUGCUGAGAGCCUUGGUUGGAAGGAGCCGGUCAUGCAACAACUUGAGAAAGCAGUCUGGUUGCGCAAUAGGGAUUGGCUUCAGUGUCGUGUUGAUGGUUGCCGGUACGGCUUGCGCCUUGACAACAACGGUGUCCAGGAGCACAAGCACAUACCGGUGCCGGUGAUGGAAAGCCACGGUCGCCUUGAUUAUCCAUGGCGGUUUGUGAGUUCUGUUGCCAAAGCUUGGAAGGAUCAUUUGUUUCCUUUGCGCCAUUUUGGUGCCAAGAGCGUGCUCUACAACUUUGCCGGCGAGGAGGCAGAGGACAACUAUGAGCCUGAGGAUGAAGAGCCGGCAGCCGUGGACGAGGGUGCGAAGGAUGGACCUACGGACGAGGAGCGCAAGGCCUGGGAUCGAAAACUCCGUCGGUUCCACACGGCGGCCGGACAUCCCUCCAACAGCCAGCUGUCUCGGAUCAUCAAGGAGGCCGGCAAACCCAAGUGGAUGGUGGAGGCGGCAGCCAAGUUCAGCUGCCCACACUGCGAGUCGGCCGUUCCGGGAGGUAUGUCAUCCAAGCAGGUGCCCCCUUUGUCGACUAGGCCAAUUCCAGUGGCUUGGCAACAGGUGGUUUCAGAUGUGGGUGAGUGGACCAGCAUACCACAUAAGUGCAAGCUGAAGUUUGUUGUCUUUGUGGACGCGGCCACUAAACUUCGUGUGGCUGAGCCUUUGUUCCGGUGUGAGAUUUCCGAGAUGAAGACAGAGACUGGUUUGCAACUGGUGGAGGCUUUCUCCAAGCGCUGGUUGAGUGAUAAGCCCAAGCCCGAGAUCUUCAUCCCGGACAAUGCGAGAUCUUACACUUCAAAACACUUUCAAGACUUCUGCUCGAGUGUGAACAUUUGGUUGGCACCACCCGCGGAAGCGGAGGCCUGGGCACAUGGUUUGGCCGAGUCUGUCGUUCAGGAUGUGAAGGCGGUGAUGGAGCGCAUUCAGACCGGCGACGCCAGUCUUCUGCCGGAGACUUGUUUGGCCUUAGCAACGUGUGCCCUCAAUCAGACAUCCUUUGUCAAGGGGUACUCGUCUUACCAAUGGGCCUAUGGAAAGCAUUUCUCCUAUAUCGACGAAGAUGAGAUCACCAUGUCCCAGGUGAGAGAUGAUGCACCCUUUGCCGAGUUCACCCGACUUCUAUCUCUACGUUACGAGGCAGAGAACAAGGCCCGCGAGGUGCGAGCUCAACGUGUCCUCUCAAAACUCAAGAACACGAUCCAACGACAACCUCUACGCACAUUUCAUCCUGUGGAUCUUGUGAAGGUUUGGAGGACGUGUGGUGCUGCAGGAGACAAUUCAAUCCCACAUCAGGCGGAGGAUGACCCGCGCCGCCACAUCAUCUGGGUGGUCAUUGGCGGCAAGCUCUACCGAUGCUCGGCGCAUUCAGUCCGUCCGGUGACGGAACAGGAACGAGCAUGGCACCAUCUUCAGGUGGACGAGGAUCCCAGCCGCUGGAAGACUCUGAAAGACAUCAUCCCGACCAAGGAGUACACCGACUUGAGUGGACAACCUCCUCCUGGCGAUCUUCCUGAAGACGGCGAUCCUGAUCUACCUCGAGCUCCUGAUUCUGAGACCUGGGUGCCAUCGAAGCGCCUCAAGUGGAAGCAAGCUCCACCUGAUGCACUACUUCCUCAACCUGCACCACCACCACCGGUCAAUGACUACGGGGUCCCAGAUGAUUGUUUGGACUACGAGCCCAGCGAGUGCGAUGAUGGGCCAGAUGCUGGCCUCGGCACGGACUUUGGCAACUACGACUUCAGCUCGGGCCCGGAGAUGCCUGGCACUGGUGAGAAGCGUGACGCUCCACCGGGUGCGGAGUCCUCCUCAACAAAGAAGCCGAGAGCCAGCGAGACUGAGGAUGAGCUGACGCUACACACGGCCCUUCAGGAGAGCGAGCAUGCCUAUGUGAUGGAGUUUGACCUCAAUCUGGCGUCACACCGCCAACUCAAGAAGUUCAUAAGGUCACCUUCAGCGUAUCUGGUGGGGAAGAUGCGCGAUUGUGAAGUCCGUUGGGAGAAACUUUCACCCCACCAUCGCACCUUGUUCUCCCGAGCGAAGACCAAGGAGGUGACCAGCUUCAUCCAGCAGGCUGCGGUUCGAAAGUGUCUUGACUUGGCGGAGGAGAAGGAGGCCAGAGACAACGGCGAGGAGCAGGAGGCCCGAGCAGAUGCACGUGAUAAUCCACACACGACGGUGGACCCUCAUGGCAUGAAAAAGGCCAAGGCCCGGAUCGUGCUGCUCGGAUACCAGCAUCCGGACUUGUUGAGAGAGGGGUUCAAUUCCAGUGCCCCCGUGCAAUCCGUUCUCACGAGGAACCUUGCCUACAUGCUGACCGUGACCAACGGAUGGCAGCUUGAGGGUUUGGACCUGUCAACAGCCUUCCUGCAAACAGCUCCUAAAGAAGACAUGCCCAUCUGGACACAAGGUGUGGCAGAGCUUCGCGAAGCUCUGGGCAUUGGCGACGACCAGCUGAUGCGCGUGUUAAAGGACUUCUAUGGCUCGACUACGGCGCCUCGAGGUCUUUGGCAAGAUCUACAUGCCAAGUUCACGGAGCUCGGCGCUACAAAGAUCAUGUCCGACCCUUGCAUGUGGAUAUGGUCGGAGCCAGUGGAGAAUCCGAGGAACGCGAUGGACCGCUACAGGACCAUCGGCAUGAUGGGUGGCCACGUGGACGAUUUCAAUCGGGCCGGUGACCUUCAGAACCCCAAGUGGCUCGCCAUCCGAGCCGAAAUCGACAAGGCCUACAAGUGGGGCACGAUCAAGAAGGAUAACUACCGUCAUGCCGGCACGGAUGUGAUCUCCAGAAGGUCCCAUGAGGGCGGCUACUCCAUCGAGGUGAACCAGGAUCAGUACAUCGAGGGGAUCCAGGACUUCGAGCUGGCGGCACAGUCUGGACGAGAUCCUGAGAGCCCACUAGAUGAUCGAGAAGUGUCUGCAUGUCGUGCAGCACUCGGGGCUCUGCAGUGGGCAGCAGUGCAAUCGCAGCCGCUGAUUUGUGCCAGAUGCAACCUCAUCCUUUCGGAUCUUUCACACGGACCCAAGUUCAGCUUAGCCCGGGAGAUCCAAGGCUUGAUUGUUGAGGUCCGUGCCAGUCCUCAAAGACUGAUGUUCAGGCCGCUGCCAGAUGUGAAGCACUGGCAAGAUGUACAUGUGAUCACUCUCGGUGACCAGGCUCAUGCGAACAGGCCCAAAGGGGGGUCUACAGGUGGCAUUCUCACCUUCCUCGGUGGCCCGGCUCAUGCGCGAGGUGAGCCAUCACAGCUAGUGCUUCUGGGAUGGAAAACUUGGAAGCUGCAGAGAGUCGCGAUAGGCUCUACGGACGCUGAAGUUCAAGCCAUGGUUGAAGCAGAGGACAUCAAUUUCAAGACACGUUUGACGUGGGCGGAGCUCAACAGCGCUACCGUCGAUAAGGGCUUCAACUUCUUAAAGGCUGCUGAGCGUGCAGCUUCUGCUGUUCCUGGAAUCCUUGGAACCGAUUCCAAGGGUGGCUAUGAUGCUGUGAUGCGGCAUGAAGGGCCUGACCUUGGGCUGUCGAAUGCCAGAGCAGCCAUACAGGGUCACCAACUCAAGGAAGGGAUGAGACGAGUGAAGACACGUCUCAUCUGGCUUGCCAGUGAUUUCAAUUUGUCAGACGCCUUGACCAAGCGAUCCUCAGAAUGCCGUAAAAGCUUUGUACAGUUCCUACGUAACGGUAUUUGGAUGCUUAGGUUCAAUCCGAACUUCAUUGUUUCGGCCAAGAAGGCCAAACAACAGGGCCUAGAUGCUGUAAGUCAACUUCGCAAAGCAACACAGGCGUCAAGACAGAGCCAAGAAAGUUUUUGGACUGGUGCAACAUGUAUCUUUCAUGCUGGGUAA